UUCAUCAUCUGUUUCUGAGUUGGCUGCUUGGCUUUUGUCAAUAAAUUGACUCCUUUCUAUUGAGUCUUUCAAUCAAAUGCUAUUAUUCUAUUUAUGAAGAGUGUUCUCAAGUGCAAGGAAAUGAUUUCAGGAUUCAGAUCAAUGUUUUAAACAUUUAUUUAAGGGAAACGUGACUCGUAACCCCUGCAGCCAUGAUUGGUGGCCUGUUCGUGUAUAACCACAAGGGAGAGGUGCUGAUAUCGCGUGUCUAUCGCGAUGACAUCGGUCGUAACGCGGUGGAUGCGUUCAGGGUGAACGUCAUUCACGCCAGACAGCAAGUCAGGUCACCCGUCACAAAUAUUGCGCGGACGUCUUUCUUCCAUAUCAAGAGAGCGAAUAUCUGGUUAGCAGCUGCCACGAAGCAGAAUGUAAACGCCGCCAUGGUCUUCGAAUUUCUGCUGAAAGUGAUCGAUGUAAUGCAGUCCUAUUUUGGCAAAAUAUCCGAGGAUAACAUCAAGAAUAACUUCGUCCUCAUCUAUGAGCUUCUUGAUGAAAUCUUGGACUUUGGCUACCCGCAGAACUCUGACACCGGAGUGCUGAAGACAUUCAUCACACAGCAGGGUGUCAAAUCACAGAGCAAAGAGGAACAGGCACAGAUCACAUCUCAGGUUACUGGUCAGAUAGGCUGGCGUCGCGAAGGCAUCAAAUACAGACGCAACGAACUUUUCCUGGAUGUUCUGGAGUAUGUUAACCUCCUCAUGUCGCCUCAAGGUCAAGUCCUCUCAGCUCACGUGGCAGGAAAGGUGGUAAUGAAAUCGUACCUGUCAGGUAUGCCUGAAUGCAAGUUCGGAAUCAACGACAAGUUAGUCAUGGACUCGAAAGGAGGCAGCGGAGGAGGAGGAGGUGGGGGUAACGGUAGUGGCAAGCUGGGAGGAAGUGGGGGAGGUGGGAUGAUGGGCGGAGAGGAGGCGGGGCGAAGUGGGAAGCCGGUGGUGGUUAUAGACGACUGUCAGUUCCACCAGUGUGUCAAGUUGUCCAAAUUCGAAACUGAGCACUCGAUCAGUUUCAUUCCACCGGAUGGAGAGUUUGAACUCAUGAGAUACCGGACCACCAAAGAUAUAUCGCUGCCGUUCCGAGUUAUUCCUCUUGUUCGGGAAGUCGGACGUACACGUAUGGAAGUCAAGGUGGUGUUGAAAUCCAAUUUCAAACAGUCGUUGCUCGGUCAAAAGAUGGAGGUGAAAAUUCCCACCCCAUUGAAUACAUCAGGGGUUCAACUCAUCUGCCUCAAAGGCAAGGCAAAGUAUAAGGCAUCUGAGAACGCCAUCGUGUGGAAAAUAAAACGAAUGGCUGGAAUGAAAGAGACCCAACUGUCGGCCGAAAUUGAACUUCUGGAAACUGACACGAAAAAGAAGUGGACACGGCCUCCUAUAUCUAUGAACUUUGAGGUUCCUUUCGCACCGUCAGGUUUCAAGGUGCGAUACCUGAAGGUUUUCGAACCUAAGCUCAACUAUUCCGAUCAUGACGUCAUCAAAUGGGUCCGUUACAUUGGUAGGAGUGGACUGUAUGAAACUAGAUGCUAAACAGGAAAUUUAUGAUAAACAAGGAGAAGGAGAAGAAGAAGAAGAAGAAGAAGAAGAAGAAGAAGAAGAAGAAGAAGAAGAAGAAGAAGAAGAAGAAGAAGAAGAAGAAGGAGGAAUAGAAGUAGUGUAAGAAGAUACCAGUAGGAAUUUUUCUCUGAGAAGGUAAAUAGUUUUACAUAAUAUAACACUAUAUAGUGAGGUCCACGUUAUAAUUGAAGUGUUUGAUUAGCAAUGGUAUUGCUAUCCUUGUCUAUCAUUCAACAAAGC